UCGAAUGGAUCAGGAUGCACAGAGGGGACAAUCAGGAGAAAUUUCAAGAUAAUGUACAAGCCAUCCCCACGCUAAGAGUUAUCGUGUUAUUAUCUAACGAGUCGAAAGGACGAAAAUGAGUUGGUGGUCUCCAGAGCAGCUCGUGUCACGUUCGCGGAGAGUCUCGUCCCGUCCGGACGUCGAGACGACAAUAAACACAACGCACCGGCAGCACCAAAGUUUUCCGAAGCUGACCUAAGCCUCGCGUUUACUGGUUAUUUGAAAAACGUGCGCGACGUCACACGAACCUCUAUCAGUAAUAACGUAUUUACGCCCGAGUCGAUUGAACGAAGUGGCAGUCUCAGCAAGAGUAACGGCAGCUACGGAUUCGCCGUCCAAUAUAUCUCGAGUGAACGUGUUUCUCCAAGAGGAAUACGGUGCUGCACAUCGACGCAACAUGACGGAGCACGAGAACGAGGCUCCGGUUAGAAAUCGCAGAGCCAAGAGUGUCACCAGAGCCGAGGAAAUCCAGAAAGCCGAAUUACGAGUCCGCAAAUCCCAGCCGGAUAAACCAUGUCAUCAGCCGAGGGACAGUCUCUUCUCCUGGAGCUCCGGGUUCGACAACUUCACCGGAUUCGUAAACUGGGGCUUCCUUCUCCUGGGCAUCGGAGGGAUACGCCUUCUUCUUGAGAAUUUCAUCAAGUACGGAAUCAGAGUAGACCCACGGCAAUGGUUUCUUUUCCUGAGCGGGAAGAACGACGGCGGCGAAGAGCAUCCCUCGAUUCUCCUGAUCUUCUAUUCCACGGUGCCUGUGGUCCUUUGUCUCCUCAUCGAGAAGGGAUUGGCGGUGGAAAUCAUCGCUCAUGGACCAGGGAUGGUGUUUCACGUGGUCAACCUGAUCGUAAUGGUCCUGAUGCCUAUGGUGGUGAUUCACGUCAAAGACUCCGGAUUCAGCCUCAUCGGCGCCAUGUACGUCUGCAUGCUCUACGCGAUUCUCUUCCUGAAGCUGUGGUCCUACGUGCAGGUGAACAUGUGGUGUCGCCUGAGCAGCCGCCGGAAGAGCACGUCCCAGGGAAGAAUGCGUCGGCAGUCACUCUCCUGUAACAACCUGCAAUCCUCGGAAGUUAAGCAAAAUGGAAACGCGACUGCGGAUGCGAGGGAUGAAAAGGAGGGUAGAAGCCCAGCCCUGGUCCAGUACCCGGAUAACCUCACCCUGGGUGAUCUCUACUAUUACAUCCUGGCGCCGACCCUCUGCUACGAACUCAACUUCCCCAGGACUCAGAGGAUCCGAAAGAGGUUCCUGAUAAAACGCAUCCUCGAGGUUCUUGUUGGCUGUCAAGUGGUCAUGUCUCUCUUCCAGCAGUGGAUGGUGCCAUCUGUCAAAAAUUCUUUGAUACCCUUCAGCAACAUGGACGUCGCGAAAGCGUCGGAGCGCCUCCUCAAACUAGCGAUUCCGAAUCAUCUGAUGUGGCUGUGCUUUUUCUAUCUGGUCUUCCACUCCUACUUGAACCUUAUGGGCGAACUCCUGCAUUUCGCGGAUCGGAACUUUUACGGAGACUGGUGGAAUUCUAACAAUAUUGAUACUUUUUGGAGAAGCUGGAACAUACCGGUCCAUCGAUGGGCUAUACGGCAUCUUUACAUACCGAUCGUGGGGAUGGGCUACGGGAAGUCUACCGCCAGCAUAACGGUCUUCUUCAUCAGCGCCUUUUUCCACGAGUACCUCGUCAGCGUGCCGCUCAAGACUUUCAAAAUUUGGGCAUUCAUGGGAAUGAUGGGACAGAUCCCUCUGUCCGCCCUGAGUAAGAUAGUGGAGAAGCGUUGCGGCGCCCGAUGGGGAAACAUCGUCGUCUGGUCCAGUCUGAUAAUCGGCCAGCCACUUUGCAUCAUGAUGUACUACCACGACUACGUGGUCACCCACUUUGGCGAGACUCUUCUCGAGGACUACUCGAUCGUCUAGGUCCAGGUUCUCUCGGAGGCUGUGGGAGGGGGGGGGGAGAGACCCUCACGAGGAUCUCGCACCGUUCCGCGUCCCGUUUACAGUUAUCCUGCUCAGUUUGCUCAUCGUGCUCCUCCCGAUGUCGUCAUCAUUGUCCCGUCGGUCCAUUGGAAAAACGGGAGGACACGCGCUAGAGGAUAGAAUAUUUUUCUCAAUUUACAUGUCAAUUUCUUUCCAAGCAGGAUUGCUCGAUCGGCGCUAUCGAUCACGAGAAUCUUGGCUCGUGGGAAUUGAUCCGACGUCUUCCCAAUAUCCUUUUUGUCUUUUAUUUUCCCCGUCUAAUCCCUCCCUCCUGUAUUAUUUAUUUAUCGCGCGCAAAUAGAGUCAGAAGUGCCUUACUCUUAUCGAAAGGACGAACUCACCGCCCGAUCGAUCCUGCAUCCCAUUCUUGCGAUGCAGAAUGCAUGCUUUAUCUAUAAAAUGGAUCCCCCAUCGCCUUUUAUGGCGCUCUAUCUAUAUGUCUAUGCGAGUGACAUAUAGGUAGAGUGGCGGAUAGACGUAUGUAUUACGUAGGCAGACGUAAAGCAGAUGGGAAUGGUCUCCUUGGCGAGGUGGCGAGGCGACGAGGCGACUAUAGCCAAGGAGCAUCCUCGCGUUUCAGAUGAAUUAAUCUAACGUCAUACUUGAUGUGCUGCGUGUAAAGUGAAAUUGUACUCGUGGCUCGCCGAUGGAGCGAAGAAGCAUUUUUUAGGAUUUUCUAGAGCCACUCUCACGCAGCAUCGCCCCACUACGCGUCUGUAAUAUCUUUUAUGUUAUUAUAAUACUUCCCCUAGAGAUACUUCGUACACGUAUACAUAAGUGUUUCGCUGCGUUCGCACGAUUUGGACGGGACGUGCCGUAUCUGUCCUCGUUUUAUACCAAUCGCGCAUUGCCAAUGUAUGUUCUUAUAAUAAAAUGCACGAAAUGUUUCAUACAAA